GUUGUGGUGUUUCAAAGUCGCAUUUUGGGUCCUAUGGGUCCCGCAUUCUGGCGCUGACAGGCAGCAACGAACUUCCUGCUUACCUGAGCGGCAGGGGCGUGUCCGCGGCCACGCUGACCUGUUCAAACCUGACAGAGUUGCAGAGGCUCCCUCCUGCCUCCACACGCCACAUGACGGAGACAUUCCUGAACAGAAGCAUACCUGAGGGCAAGACCACUCAACACACACAUACACUGUAUAUAGAAACACAUCACUUGUCUGUUUUUGUUUUCUGACAUUAUCCUUAUGUCAUAAGGUUUCCUUAUGACAUAAUCUGGAAUGUGUCUUUAAUUGGUUAAAGAAUUACUGAUCAUAAAAAAAAAAAAAAGAUCUUGAUUGUUCACUUUGCAACAUCCACACUGACAGACGUACACGAUUGCAAAGACCAUUGAGAGUUUUUCGUUGAACCAGUCUGACAGAAUGCAGAGUGGGCGUUGCGGCGGCUACAAGUGUUGCCCUUGCAAACAAGGGAGCUCAGUGAAGAAUCAGCAGCUGUCACAAAUCCCUCCCCUCCCACGGUACUGUGGAAGUGGGACAAGCACACAUGUGCUUGCGAGUUUGCAGGUUCUAGGACUAGGGUUUCAUGGCAAAUGUUUCGUUCCCAAACACUCAGAUUGUAGAUGACCACUCUUUUGCACGACGACUAAGAUUGCUCCAGAGAGUCAAAAUCAGAGUUGAAGAAUACAGAUCGGAGUGUGAAACUCUGAGUUACUGCACAUGGGUGGGUCUAAUGUUGGAGCUUGUUCGUUCCACAUGAGGGCAGUCGCACCAAACUUUACAGCAGGAGUGAGAUGCAGUUUACUGGUGCGUAGACUGUCCGCCGUCACUGAUGGUGAAGUUGUUCACACCCCUGACUUCUGCGCAGGCAGCCCGGUUUCUGUUUGGCUCAUUUCAGAUUGCUUGAUGAAAUGGCUCUCAGUGUGAUCAAGUACUUGUGUACUUACAUCAUGUUUUUCUUCAGUAUAUUUUGUAUUCACUUAAUAUACGUACAGCUGAAUACUUACUUUAGUUGUAUCUUCCACUAUCUAAUUGCAUUGUUGUGCAUGAUGAAUUAUUGAUCCUCUUUAUAUUCUAUUUCGCCCAAUUAGCCACCCCCCGAGUGUCUUGCGACUGCUUGAACGUGAGUGCUUGUGUUGUCUGUGUUGUCAGUGCAUAUAAAAAGUCAAUAUUGCGGUCCGAUGAAAGCAAGACUGGACUUUCUGGAGAUAAUUCCAAAAAGUAUUUUUGGCACGAGCAAAACACUGCUUCUUAUCACCAAAAGAUGGCAGGAUCAUUCUUUGGAGCCGUUUUUCUUCAGCUGGGCCUGGGGCCUUCGACAAGGUGGAGGGAAUUAUGAACAGUUCAAAAUACCACUCAGUGUGAAUGAAAAAAAAAACAACCUUAAGGCCUAUGCUAGAAGGAAAAAGAAAAUGUCAGGAAAACCCUACUAGAACAUCUGAAAUGUAUUUGGGGUUCAUCUGAGGCACUUUAAAUGGUGGCAGGUGUGUACUGACUCCCAUUGAGUUUGUACUUGAUUGGUUAAUUCUGAACACAGCCACAUUCCGGUUAUUCGAGGGUGUGGUAGACCUUUUUAUAUAUGUGCCAUGUGAUAUACAGUGUACCCCCACCCCUUCCUGCCAGUGACACCAUUAGUACCAAUUGCACCAGGCAUGAUCUCAGAAGGCAGCUCCCCUUACAGCUGUGUGGACAAAAUUAAACCCCUGACUGUCAGACAGACGGUUCUUGAAGGAAAGACAACUUGGAGAAAUGGAGGAAAUGGACACCAGUGGUCGUUCCAAAUUUUAUUUCGGCAAUUGUGCAAAAUGCAGUGAAGAGGUGCACGGUGCAGGAAAAGCCUGCCGGGCCAUGGGACAAAUAUUCCAUGAAACUUGUUUCACCUGCUGUGUUUGUAGUCAACGUCUUCAAGGCAAGCCGUUCUAUUCAGUGACCGGAAUGAUCUAUUGUGAGGAGGAUUUUUUGCACUCAGGAGUUCAUCCAUCCCCUGAAGUGUGUUACAGCUGUGGCCAGUUAAUCGAGGAUAUGGUCCUACAGGCUCACGGGAAGUCGUACCACUCUGCCUGUUUCCACUGUGCUGUGUGCAGACGGAGCCUGGAGAAUGUGCCCUUCACUGUGGGCACUGACACUAAAGUUUACUGCGUCAGCGACUACCACAAGGUUAAGGCUACUUGCUGCGCUGCUUGCAAUAAACCCAUACUGCCAACAGAGGGUUGCACAGAGUCUAUUCGAGUGGUUUCAUUUAACAAAAACUACCACGCAGAUUGCUACGGAUGUGACGUUGACUUUGUUUGAAGACAAGCUUGUUGUGUACAAACUCAAUUAUAUAACAUUGUGCAUUGUUUGUUUAUUUAUUUGUUUAUUUUGCCUGCAAUAAGUCCCCUCCAAUGAGUCAUUAAACUGUGGUGCUGUGUUAUUUUUUUUUCUUUUUUAGUAGAGAAGCAUUAAUGCAAAACAACAUCACAUAAUGAUAGUAAUAUGAACACAAUAAAUAUUUGUGUUUGUUUGUUUGUUUGUUUUAAAAAGAAGUGACAUUGAAUGUAUUUUUAUUUCAUUCAAAAAGUACAUUAAAGAAGAUAUUAUUCAUGAAUUAUUGUGACCUUAUCAAUGGGCAUUUUUAAUUAUCUUAUACUGGCUAUAC